CCGGGAGAUAUUUUAAGCACAACACCAACGUAAGCUUAAGUUUAAACCAUUGCUUGUACCUCGGGUACCGUUGAAUACAUAAUCGUCAUGAAGAUACCUUGGUUGUUUGUUGCAGCCUUAAUAACGGUGGUGUGUGUUUCAUAUACACUUGGCAUAGAUCAGACCACGGAAUCGUCACCAACACAACACAGAUUACUGCCUAGCUGCAAAUGGGGUUUGUGCGGAAAAGAAGAAUAUUGCUGUGGAGAUCAACAAUGCUGCAAAUAUCAUUGUUCCAGAUUCGCGUGUUUAGACAAAGUUGAAUAUUGUUGUAACGAAGAAGAAUGUUGUACGCACAACUGUGACGACAUCGAGUGUCGCGAUGACCAGUAUUGCUGUGAACGUAAUGUCUGUUGUAACUUUUCAGAGAUUUAUCAUAAUUGGUGGUUCUGGUUCAGUAUUCUAUUCAUAGCCGCAAUAGUAUUGGGUUCUAUAGUAGGAAUGGCGUGUGCUGGGCGAAGAAGAACUGCCUCGGUCGUAGACAAAGUAAGAAGCUCGCCAGCAAGGCGAUACAGAGAACUCGAAGAAUGGUAAUAAACAAAACAGUUGCAGAUAUCGCGUUGGAAACGUUCGUUUCAUGUAUCUUAUGAUUUCCAAUUAAUAAUUUCCAUUAAAUAAUAAACACUAUUGUGUAAAAUCAAACUACCAUUUAAUAAUAAACAAUAUGUUCAUGU